AAAUUUAGUCAUUGUUGUGUCGGACGCCCGUGCGUGAAUAUUGAAGACGACCAACAUAAUUCAUAUUCUGCUGAAUUCAAGCUGCCCACUAGUCACGAGUGUAUACUGCCUGAGUUUUUGAAACUCAUAUCAACCACUUCAAACAAUAUAACACGUGGUGUAGGUUUGUUUAGCAGAAUGCCAAGAAGAAAAGGUCAAAAGAAAAAUCGGAAAUCAUCCAAUGCUAAUAAUAACAGAUCGUCUUCCAACUCUGAAGGAACGAUGUCUUUACCCACCCCUAAUGUGACCGGUUUACCCCAAGAAAAUCCGCCCCAAGAAUUGCCGCCCCAAGAAUUGCCGCCCCAAGAACUGCCAGCCCAAGAACUGCCACCCAUAGAAAAUAAUCCAACCCCGAAAUAUAUCUAUGGUGAAACAUAUGAAGUAUAUUUACCUAUAGGAAAUGGUGGACCAAGUCAGUCCUUGGAAGAAUUGAGGGCUCAUCCUUAUAUGGAGGUUCUUCAGAGAGCCAUGAAGGAAGGAGAAUUUUUAACUUUGGAAUUUACUGAACAAUAAAUACUAUAAUUUUCAUAAAAUAUAACAUACAUAUUUUUUUUUUUUUAUCGAUUCCUUAUAUACAUUUGUUUUGUUAUAGUUUAGCUACAUUACCCAUUAUUUUAGUAUAGGUAUUAUUCUAUUAGACGUAAUAUUAUUAUUAUAGGAAUUCCAAAAUACAAAUACAAAUACAAAUACAAAAUUGUUAUCUAUUAUUAAACAUUUUGGAUUUUUUCUUAAGUAUAUAAUAAGUGCAAACUGCUGUAUAAAUUAUAUUUUUUCUGCUAUUGACUGUUUCAAUCAAUAUAGAUAAUGAUGAUAUAUUAGAUUAUACUUCAUCUAUCUCAAAUAAAUUCAAAUUUGAUCGUC